AUGUCACAGCUCCAACAGCUGACAGCGCAAUUUUUAAUUGUAUAUGGAGAAGAUAUAUUGUCUGCACGUAAUCAUAAUUGCUUGAUGCUUCUGCAGCAUUUUGACCGCAUCAGCAGACUUAUUCUCAACCUUGACUAUACACUGGUCAAAUGUAGCAACCGAUUCUUGAUGGAAGAGAUGACAAAGUUUCCUAAAGUUACAAGCUUGACAUUGGCUGUAAUGGCAUUUGAACAUUCCUUUGGAGCCAGCUUGUUUCAUGUUCUCAGGAUAUCUAGUGGUAUAAGAGAGCUGGAGGUUAAACUUGCCUUGCCGAGCAAACCGAAGCCAUACCCUCCGUGCCAAUCAGGUUGCAUUUGUGCUGAGCCAUCAAACUGGGAAACCGAGGAACUCGUGCUACCUUGCCUCAAAGAAGUAGUAAUCAACGACCUGAGAGGAACUGAACAUGAACUCGCUCUUGUGAAAAGGUUAUUCAACUGGACAAAGAUGCUAGAGGGGAUGAGAGUAAAUUUCCAUGACUCAAUCACUGAAAGCAAGGGUGAAGAGCUCCGCAAAUUGUUAUUAAGCUUCUCUAGGCCAGGACUACGUAUGAACUUCACGCAUCAUGGAGAAGUUUGUUCAUACGAUUAG